GUGUACAGCUUUGCCCCAACCUUCCAUAUCAGUAUCAGUAUCAGUCUGUGCGAGCCGCCGAUCACAAACGUCAAAAAAAAAUUCACAGAGCUUUGACGUACCUACGGCUCGAGACUCGCAGGGUCCAAUCCCGAUCAGCGGUCGUUGAAUCGCGCUAUUGCUGCAUAGUAGUGGCGAACCGAGGGUUAUGGGGUGCCCUCGAGGAGGGGCUACCGGUGAACUUUUGUGCUCGUUCGAAAUGUCUAUCAAAGUAGCUGACAUUCUGGAACACACUCCGCUUUUACUGGUAAAGCGAGACGCCAACACAUCAAUAAUGGGUCUCAACUCCAGAGCCUCAAUCACGCCUGCAGAUUAUUCAUUUCUCACAGCCAAUACUAUACAAUCUUGCUACUGGCGGUCGAGAUGUGGACGCAUAUCCAGGCAUGCCUGCUCCGCUCGCUUUUGUCCCAUUAAAUUACACUCCGUCUCCCACUCGGAGGGAGUAAGAUAUCCUACCUCCACCCAUUCCUUCUUCUGCAGGCCACCUCACUCCCUUGCUGUCGACCUCUUAGACAACACUUCGCCAGCAGACACGACAACUGUCACUUCUAACAUUAACACAUUGUCAAGCCUCCCCACACGCAUCUCUCGGGGUACAGCAGGAGCCUCGCUUGUGAGUGGUCCGUCACCCUCGUCCGAAUCGACCGCACAGUGUUUGGGCAGGCCAGAACUCGAGAAAGACAUCCGAAUUCGGCCAUUGAAGGGAAUUUUCAAGCCAUUGAGAAAAGAAAAAAAAGUGUUGCCACUGUAAUCUGUUGUAACCAGAGGCCCAUUGAAGAUGUUCUACCACAUCUACCUUACUGGUCUUUGCCAACGUCGUCACUGGCCAGAACCCUCCUAUGAUUCCUACCGAACUCGUCGAGGUUAUUACGG